AUGCUCCUUUUGGUCCACAUGCUUCAUCCAAGCCUUAUAAGCACCACCAUGGGGCUCCCAUGGGUUCUUCGGCUUUUCCACAACCCCAAGGAACAAUUGGUAUGCCACCGAGUGGAGCAAAUUACGCUCCGCCCUACCCCACUGCGCCUAUGCAGCCAGGAACAGUGUCUGGAGCUCCAGGGUAUCCAGGAGGUAAUCCACCCUAUGGCUCGUUUGGAAUGCCAGGACAGUCUGCCCCGAUGUCAGGAACAAUGGGUAUGCCCUAUGGAGUACCACAGCAACCUGGAAUGCCUCAGCCUGGCAUGCCUGGUCCCCCUCAUUAAUUAUGAGAACAUCACGCUUGUCCUCGUCGAUGAUGCCCCCCUCUCUCCUUCUUCAAUUUGA